AUGUCGUCGUCGUCGUCGUCGCAGCAUGCACGCAUGGACGCGGUAGCUAUGGCAGCGUGCGAGCCAUCGCGUCGCCAUGGCGCCACCAAGCUGCAGUCGUGUCCCACUCCGACGGCCACCACCGCCGCCACUAGAAGAAGCGGCAGCGGCAACCUUUCCAUCUUCUUGAACAGAGCCGGCUCCACCUGGCUGCUCUGCGCCACACUCAGCUUGCUUCUGUUCAACCUCUUCUGGUUUUGCUCUACCGGCGCGGCGUUCAACGCGGCCUCCACCCUGCUCGAGUACUUCUCCAUCGGUUCCGGUAAAGUCGGAGAUGGACGACGAGGAGAGGCGACCUGCGACUAUUCGGAAGGGCGGUGGGUGGCCGCGGCGGGGUACGGGCGGCGGUACAACGGCACGGAGUGCAACGCGAAGGAGGGCGAGAGAUGCAUCGGGAACGGGCGGCCGGACACGGGGUACCUGGACUGGCGGUGGCAGCCGGCGUCGUGCGAGCUCCCGGCGUUCGACGCGGCGGCGUUCAUCGCCGCCGUGCGCGGCAAGCACGUGGCGUUCGUCGGCGACUCGAUGGCGCGCAACCAGGGGGAGUCGCUCGUCUGCCUCCUCAGCACGGCGCUGCCGCACAGGCUCGUGUACCGCGACCGGAAUCCCUGGGCGCGCAAGUUCUGGCGCUGGGCGUUCCCGACGCACAACGUGACGCUGUCCAUCUACUGGGCGCCGUUCCUCGUCAGGGCCACCGGCAAGCCGGACGACUACAAGCAGCCACGCAACCUCGUCUACCUCGACGAGCUCGCCGACCGCUGGUCGGCCGACGCCGACACGAUGGACGUGGUGGUGAUCAGCCAGGGGCACUGGUACUGGAUCCCGAGCAUCUACCACAACGCCGGCAAGGUGAUCGGCAUGCACAACGUCACCGGGCUCAACCAGACCGACGACAUCGGGCUCUUCUCGCCGUACCGCAGGACGCUGCGGAUGGCGCUCGACCGGCUCGUCGGCCUCGGCGCCGGCGACCGCAACCGCACCCGCACCGUGGUGGUGGCGACGUUCUCGCCGUCGCACUUCGAGAAGGCGUGGGACGACCCCACGACGUGCGCGAGGACGCGGCCGUACGAGGAGGGGGAGAGGGAGGUGGGCGGCAUCGAGAGGGAGCUCGGGAGCAUCGCCAGGGAGGAGGCGGCGUCCGCCGCCGCACAGGCGAGGAGCCGGGAAGGCGGCGGCGGGAGCAGGGUGGAGGUGCUCGACGUGACGAAGCUGGCGUCGAUGCGGCCGGACGGGCACCCCGGCGUGUACAUGCACCGCGAUCCGUUCGCGCGCGGCGUGCCGAAGCGACUGCAGAGCGACUGCCUCCACUUCUGCGUGCCCGGCCCCGUCGACACGUUCAACGAGAUCUUGCUGCAGAUACUGACCAGCAAGAGGCAGUCACAAAAGUAA